GUCCAGCGGUGUCCUCAACGUCUUCUCUCCCGGGGCCGGCAUCUUUAGUCAUGUGCGGGAAGUGCUGCACUUUGUGAAUGGUCCCCUGUAUUAUGUCCGCAGUCUCUGGUCAUCUCCUGUACUAUGUCCGCAGUCUCCGGUCAUCUCCUGUAUUAUGCCUGCAGUCUCCGAUCAUCUCCUGUAUUGUGUCCGCAGUCUCUGGUCAUCUCCUGUACUGUGUCCGCAGUCUCUGGUCAUCUCCUACUAUGUACCGUCUCCGCAUCUCUGGUCAUUAUGCCUGCAGUCUCCGUCAUCUCCUGUACUGUCCGCAGUCUGGAUCAUCUCCUGUACUGUGUCCGCAG